GGAGGCCCCUCAGAUCGCCCCAAGACGGGCCACGAGGCCCGGAAGAGGGCCCCAAGACGGCCCAGGAGGCUCCCUCCAUAGCCAUAUUUGCUCAAGUUUACCUCGAGUCAACGGAUUCAAACAUAUUGGAUACAUCGGUACCGUAUUGUGUCCCAUAGGAUGUUGCGGCGAACGCGCCUUGCGAAAUCUCGAUAUGGAGUGGUGGAACUUAUCAAACUAUUGAGUGUUCUUCCACUUGCGGCGUCAUUGGCGCUGCCCUCAGUCCCUUCUCAUCGCGAAUGUAAGCCGAAAGCGACAACAAAGUAUUCAAUUCGUUGGGGCGCGAAGCCUUCAGGGCAAGGCAACCUAUGGGAAUACUAUCACUUCUUGAUCGAUUUUGCACCAGCUAUGUUGCACUUCAUGCGCAACGACAGCGCGCCCUGCAAAAGUUUGCAGGUGCCAGACUGGCGCAAUAACAAGUUUCGUUUGGCGUUGCCGGGCCAGCCGCAGAGGAGUAUGGAAGCGCACUUUGAGUUCCUCUUGGGGCGGCCGUUGGGUCUGACCAUCGAAGUCGCCAGCAGCUUUGAGGCCUUUGCGGAGAACGCCAGGACGUCGAGGCAGGUUGACUGGGACUGCCACAGCGCAGGCAAGUCGAAUGAGUGGUCUGGAUUCCCCAAAGAGUACUUCGUGGAGUUCCGGGACCACGCCUGGGGCCUGCCCGGCGUGCCGCCAGCCCGGCACCGGGACGUCGUCGCUGUGAGGCGCGGAUACCUUCAGAACUACACGGGCCCACCCACGGGGUGUUCUCGUCGAUGCCUGGACGAUAUCUUCUACGAUCGCCUGCUUGAAGUGUCGGUAUCGCACGACUGGGACACGGCCGUGGUGGCGCUGGAAAAUCAAGCUAUUGCCGACCAGAUCGCUUUGUUUUCGCAUGUGAAUGUCAUUAUUGCGCAGCAUGGCGCCGCGCUGUCGAACAUCAUCUUUGCACCUCCAGGAACGCUGGCCGUCGAGGUGGGCAAGGCCGACUUUCCAUGCUAUCCGAGGUUUAUCUGCAAAGACUUGGGUUACCUUUUCUUCAUUCCGAUAUAGGUAUCAAGUUUUCAGACCACACUGCCAAGGCAUCUCGAAGGCGUUACAGAUGACGUCAGUCAAGAGGCGACAAGCAGUUAAGGGAGCUUCGCGACGUCAUCGGGCGGUUCGCGCUGCCUCCACAGCAGCGCGCCUCCCACGUGCGCUGCCCCGCUUUCGCAACGUGCGAGGGGCAGCAGUUCGGGCAGUAGUAGAGGUCGUGAUCUAGUCCGUUCAGACGUGAUCCCGAUCUGUUUUAGACUAGAUCGUAAUCUAGUCCGUUCGAGGUGACAACCCCUGCAGCCUGAGUUCAACAUUUCGUUUAGCUAGAUCGUUGAUCUGGUCCAGCAGACCUCUUCCUCUCUUCCAAAUGGUCUAGAUCGGAAUCUGGUCCAAUCCCUUUAGGGCCGCGCCAGGGCUGGGGAAUCAUCCUCUAGGGCCGUGCCAGGGCUGGGGAAUCCUCUAGGGUCGCAACAGACAAACUCGCCACGAAAAAGGCGCUACGGGCACAAUUGCCUGGACUCAGACAUUAUCGUCGUCGCUUGGACGACGCGUAACAUCGUUUGUCUGUAAGCUUGUCGUCGUUUGGACGAUGUUUACAUUAAAGCCCAAUCCUCCAACUCGAUGUUCUCUUACUUGCAAUGGAGGGCCAAGCAGCAAA